CUCCGCGGGAGCGCGCGUCUGCUCGUGCGCGCCGUCGCGCUCUCCACCGCGGCACGGAAUUCCAGGGAGGAAGUCACGGAGAUUGGGAGGCGAGCGAGAACGCCAAAGUGUGCCAAAACCCCACGAAGCUGGCGGAGAGGGGGACGGAGCGGACGCGCGAGCCUUUCUGACUGGGAACGGGAGUGAAGCCCUGCGUUGGAAUAUGGACUAGAGGCGAGAUUCGCAGCAGAUGGAGGCGGCGAGAAGUUUGCUGUUUGUCGGGGCCGCGCUGCUCGCAGUCACGGGCGCGUUGGCCAGAGAAGUGUGUCUGGGGACAGACAUGAAGCUGGUCCUGCCCUCCAGCCUGGAAAACCACUACGAGACCCUGAGGCUGCUCUACGCCGGCUGCCAGGUCGUCCACGGCAACCUGGAAAUCACACACCUGCACGGCGACCUCGACCUCUCCUUCCUGCAGGGCAUCGUGGAGGUGCAGGGCUACGUGCUCGUCGCCCACGUGUCGGUGAGCCUGGUGCCGCUGGACAACCUGCGCAUCAUCCGCGGCAGCCAGCUGUACAACUCCAGCUACGCGCUGGCCGUGCUGGGCAACACCCGCAACGGGACGGGGCUCCGGACGCUCCGGCUCCGCAGCCUCACCGAGGUGCUCCUGGGCGGCGUGGAUAUUUGGGGGAACCCUCAGCUUUGCUUUCCAGACCCACAGAGCAUCGUUUGGAAGGACACGUUUGACGAGCAGAACACCCACUUCCAGCGGUCCCGUCUGCAGGCUCGGGCGCCCAAUUGUCCAAGCUGCUCGUCCGCGUGUAAGAGCGGCUGCUGGGGAGACACGUCGCAGGACUGUCAGAUCUUGACCCGGAUCAACUGUGCGUCCGGCUGCCAGAGGUGCAAAGGCCCGCUGCCCAACGACUGCUGCCACAUGCAGUGUGCCGCCGGCUGCACCGGGCCCAAGGACUCGGACUGCUUGGCCUGCCGCCACUUCAACGACAGCGGCGUGUGCAAAGAGAACUGCCCUCCGCCCACCUUCUACGACACCGCCACCUUCCAGACCAAACCCAACCCGAAGAAGAAGUUCAACUUCGGAGCCACCUGUGUCAAGACGUGUCCUUAUAACUAUCUGUCUAUGGACGUGGCCUGUACAUUGGUGUGUCCCAAAGACAACCAGGAAGUCAUCAUCACGCACCCUGAUGGAAACGAGACACAGAAAUGUGAAAAGUGUGAGAAGGACUGUCCCAAAGUGUGUUACGGUCUGGGCAUGGACAAUGGCGUCAUGGACAAUCAUGGCAUCACCAUGGUAACGUCUGAUAACGUGAAGCAGUUCAACAAGUGUAAUAAGAUAUUUGGGAGCCUGGCCUUCCUUCCUCAGAGCUUUGCAAGGGACCCUGCGACCAACCAAUCCAGCCUGACUCUGGAGCAGCUCAGGGCCUUCAAGAAACUGGAGGAGAUCACAGGCUACCUGUACAUCGAUGCUUGGCCGGAAGAGUGGAGCGACCUGAGUGUGUUUGAGAACCUGAAGGUGAUCAGAGGCAGGAUGCUCUACAAGGGCGUGUUUUCCCUUGCCAUCCAAAAUCUACACAUCCGGUCUCUCGGGCUGCGCUCGCUACGCAGCGUCAGCGGAGGUUUGGUCCUGCUGCACAACAACCCUCAGCUGUGCUACACCAGCUCAUUGCCUUGGGACACCAUCCUCCACCCCACCCAGGGACCUCAUCGCAUCGUCAGCAGAAACCAAGACCCCAAAGUCUGCGAGGCUGAGGGGUUCGUCUGUCACCCGCUGUGUGUGGAGGGCUGCUGGGGUCCGGGCCCCGGCCAGUGUGUGUCUUGCAAGGCUUUCCGACGUGGCACGGAGUGUGUUGAGCAGUGUGAUGUUUAUCAGGGGUCCACGCGUGAAUACAUGGAGGGCUUCAAAUGCAUUUCAUGUCAUGCAGAGUGUCAGCUUCUCAACGGCUCGGCCUCGUGUCACGGCCCGGGCGCAGACCAUUGUACAGCGUGUCAGAACUUCCAGGACGGCGAGUUCUGCGUGGAACGUUGCCCCAGCGGCGUCAAGGAGGAGCAGCAGACCGUGUGGAAGUACAGCAACGCCACAAACCACUGUCUGCCCUGCGGCACCAACUGCACGCUGUCCUGCACUGUGAUGGAUGAGCGGGGCUGUCCCGUGGAUGUCAGGGCAGGACCCGGUACGACCAUCGUAGCUGCCGUGACCGGGGUGGUUCUGGUUCUAAUCCUGGUGGCCCUGCUGGUCUUCUGUGUGAGAAGGCAGAGGAACCUAAAGAGGAAGGAGACCAUGAGGAGGAUCCUGCAGGAGCACGAGCUGGUGGAGCCUCUCACGCCUAGCGGUGCGUCGCCCAAUCAGGCCCAGAUGCGGAUCCUGAAGGAGACUGAGCUGAAGAAGCUGAGGGUGCUGGGUGCAGGAGCCUUUGGUACUGUUUACAAGGGCGUGUGGGCUCCUGAUGGGGAGAAUGUGAAAAUCCCAGUGGCCAUUAAGGUGUUACGAGAGAACACCUCCCCGAAGGCCAAUAAAGAAAUCCUUGAUGAGGCGUACGUGAUGGCGGGAGUGGCCAGCCCUUACGUCUGUCGCCUCCUGGGGAUCUGUCUGACCUCCACGGUGCAGCUGGUCACGCAGCUGAUGCCGUACGGCUGCCUCCUGGAAUACGUCAGGGAGAACAAGGAUCACAUCGGCUCCCAGUACCUCCUCAACUGGUGUGUCCAGAUUGCCAAGGGCAUGAAUUACCUAGAGGAGGUUCGGCUCGUCCACAGAGAUCUGGCUGCUCGCAACGUUCUGGUGAAGAACCCAAACCACGUAAAGAUCACAGAUUUCGGCCUGGCCCGCCUGCUCGACAUCGACGAGACUGAGUAUCAUGCAGACGGAGGGAAGGUGCCAAUUAAAUGGAUGGCCCUGGAGUCAAUUCUGCACAGGAAGUUUACUCAUCAAAGUGAUGUUUGGAGCUACGGGGUCACAGUAUGGGAGCUGAUGACGUUUGGUGCUAAACCAUAUGACAUGAUCCCAGCGAGGGACAUCCCAGAUGUUUUGGAGGGGGGAGAACGCCUUCCCCAGCCCCUCAUCUGCACCAUCGACGUCUACAUGAUCAUGGUCAAAUGUUGGAUGAUUGAUCCUGACAGCAGACCCAAGUUCAAAGAUCUGGUCAGUGACUUCAGCGCGAUGGCCAGAGACCCCCCUCGCUACGUGGUCAUCCAGAACGAUGAGCAGAUGUGUCUGGCCAGCCCAGUGGACAGCCAGUUCUACAGGAUGCUUAUGGAGGAGGAGGGCAACGAUAUGAGGGACCUGCUGGAUGCUGAGGAGUACCUGGUGCCCCAGCCAAACGUCUUCCCCAGGGCUCAAGGAGAUGGGGCUCAGUCCAACGGGCCUUCCAGACACCAGUCAUACAGAAGCAGAGAACAUGGCUUAGACGUUGAGCCGUUGUUUGCUGGGGGUCCUCGGAGCAUGUACUCCUCCCUGAGCACGCUAAGCCGCAGCCAGUACCCCACGCUCCCAAUGGGAGCCAGCGCCUCCAACGGCCUGCGGGCUCUGUACCCGGCGCUGAAUCGCAGCCCCUCAUCUGGGGACCAGUCUGACUCCGUGUUCUUGGACACGAAUCCAGACGACCCCUCACUCCCGCCAGCGAGCCCUGGGCGCUACAGCAAAGACCCCACCAACCCCAACGGGAGCCUGGACGACCUUGACACCGAUGGGCCCAUGGACUUCUAUCAGCCUCAUCAGCUUCAUCACUCCCUGCCUAGACGCAGUCAUGGCAAUAUUCAAGUUCAUGCUUUGCCAGAGUAUGUUAACCAAGAGAUUCAGAAUCUCAGGCCGGGGAUCCCUGAGCGACCCAGCACCCUGCCCCGUAAAGGCUCCAGAGUUGACCGACGCCUCCCCAACGGCUUGAAUUCUGGUCAUAGCGUGGAGAACCCAGGAUACCUGGUGCCCGUGAGCUCCAGGACCCCCACCUCGCCAGCUUUUGACAACCCAUAUUACCUGGACUUCAUGAUCAAAGCCAUGGCUGCGGCUGGGCCGGCGCCGGGUGACGGCCCGAGGCUACCGGAGAGGGAUGGAGGAAUGCCCAGACAUGUGAACGGGUUCGUGACGUCCACCGCGGAGAAUCCAGAGUAUCUGGGACUAGUGGACACCUGGAGUGGACAUAGUUGAGGAGCGGAGCAGGACGUAAUGCGAUGAAUGCGGAGGAGACGCGGACUGGGCUCUGCUGAUGGAAAGGCGAGGAAGGACGUAGGCUCCGUAGAGGAAAUACCGCAGCAGCUCAUUUGGACCCAGGCGUCACCGACUCACCCACAUAUGACAUGCCUCAGCACAGUGUAGCAUUAAUCUUGUGUCCGUGGCAUCAUUUGUAUUCCUGCCUUCAUUACAGCAAUCUGUGACCAUUUCGUGCCAACAAAGAAGUUUACUCAACCUGCUUUAAAGGACCCUACGUAUGUGGAAUCAGUCUGAUCUGACUGGAUGAAUGAAUGUUUUAGACUGUUGGGUCUCGUUUAACGGUCCUUCCUGUCUCUCUUCCAUCGUCUUAGUGCGACCUGUGUAACGUGCCGUGUUAUGCAUUGAGGACGACGCUUAGUAUUCUGGUCACUCGCUCCUGAACUCGAUGGGGGUCUUCAAUACAAUCAAAGACAUUCUGUUGGGGCCAGAGAAGGCCCUGCGGCCCAUCUGGCCAGUGGACACGCUCCUUGAAAGAAAGGCAUCCUGUUUGAGGAAGACCGAGCCACUGUGCCAUUCUAACGCAUGUGGUUGUUGGUCUGUGGCUGCUACUAAUUUGCGGUACUACUACUGGAGCCUAGCAGGCCUUAAGUUGGAGUUUGUUGUUUCAUGGUAUGGUGAAAAAACGAUUAAGGAUGAGGGCAGCGUUCAGGGGGUGACUCUGUUUUACCAUGAGGCCUGUUUCUGGGCAGGAAAGAACAACAAGCUAUUGGUGACUAUAUCCCACAAGAAGUGAAGAAUCUGCAUGUGCGCAUACACGGGUUUGUUGCUCUCCUACGCGACAAAGAAGAUCUGCUGUUGGACUUGUUGUGCACUAGACGCCGAAGGAGCUGAAUGUGAUUCCGAGCAGGCGAACGUCGCUCCGCCGCCUCUGGAUAAUCAAUGCAUAUCUGAAAUUCCGCCCAGCGACAACACAGUGGCAUCCCAGUUAAUGAUCAGCAGCAUUUCUUUUUUUUUUUUUUUUUUUAAAGAGCGCUGUUCUUCAUGUUAACUGCGUGUUGGGCUGGGGGAGGACGGAGCCGAGUCAAUGGGGCCUUUGUCUGACUCCCAUGUCUUUGCUGGAAAGCCUAUGCUCCCCCAACUGUUGGUGUCAGCGUUGCAAAAAAAGGGAUGUUUUUUGGGUUCUCAACAGCGGAAAGCGCUUUUUUGAUUUCCUCUGUAACUAAAAUACUGUCCUGCAAUAAUCCUGUGUUUUGAUCAGCAGUAUUGGAUGUGUGACUGGAUGGACGGACCUUCUUUAGCUGAGGUUUUAACCGUGUAACAUCCAUUAUUUUUUUUAAACUAAACCAUUGAAUUUGAACAAUCCCAUCUGCUGGAGAUGCCAGGUAUUUUACAGCUCACUGCUUUGUUUAGAAUGUGCUACAACCUUCCUGGUUUUUGUGAGACCAAUAAAUACACAAUCACAUACAAUCACAAUUAAUCACCUGGUGUUUACACUGUAGUGCGUUUAGUUUUCCACCAUUUGCUCACCUGAGAUGUUUCAUGUAGCUGACAGUGGUGUCUCAGUCAAGGCAGUGACCUGUGUUCUUUCUCUUUCGUUGUUGUUCAACACAGUUAUUUCAUUGUAAAACCAUUGACUUGUACUAAAACCAGCCUGACUGGUGGCACUGGUUACGACCUGGUGGUAACAUUUUCAGCCGCUUACCUUCCUCCCUGUUGAAAUGUUCUUAAGGAAAAUGCUGAACCCUGUUCACACAUCUGAUUGGAAAUAUUGGAAUAAUGUUGUUUAGUCAGUUUUAUGCAUCUGUAAAAUGCGUCAAUUAGCUUUAGGUGUAGAAUCAAGCAGGGUGGAAGGAAUCAAGACUUAUUUUGUACUUCUCAUGAAUAUUUCUAAUCUUUCACAGUUGUGGCAAGAGGUUAAUAAUUAACUGGGAGAUUUUUUAAACAUUCUUCCAUAUCUGGUCAGUAAAGUCCCAUAUUGUAAAUGUGUACUAUAUAUAAAAACAAUCAUUGUGGUAGCUAAUUCUACUGAACAUUGUGACAGGUAGUUCUACUGUGGAGGAGCGACGUUAAUCCAUAAGAAAUAUUUUAUGAAGAAGAGAUCAUUUUUAUAUGAAACAGUUUGCAGAUAUUAUGGUUGUGUGACAUUAAAAACAUAAAACCUCAA